GUUUAGUAUGGUAUAUGAUGGUUUACGGUGAAACGACCAAACCAGCAAAUGUUUUUUUAAGUUCGAAACACUAUUAAUUUUGAGUUUGCGAGUAGAAACAAUGAAAUAUGUAUAUCAAGGAAAUACAGUGUUUUUUAAUUACUACUAGGUAUAAUUGUAACACUUGUUAUUAAGUGGAUACACAUUUUGUUACAAAAUAAAAUUAAAAUGAGCACACCUGAUACAAGAGUUUUCUGGUGGUUGUCUUCGACGUUUUUGAAAACUUUGAUUUUGAUAUCACUUCUUGUUUAUUGUAAAGGUGAGUAUUCAAAUAAAAGUUAACAAUACACUUUUACUAUAUGGCGUUAUUCGUAUCAAUGUAGAUUACACAAAUAAAUAAAAAAUUAGACAUUAGUCAUUAGUCUAAGUCUAGCCUAAAACGAAAAUGAAAAGAUUGUUUUAGUUUAGUUUAGACUUUUGUUGUUUGAUUCAGAAUUGAAUUGAAGAAUUUGUGUCAUGCUUAGUUUAGUAGCCUACUUACUUGUAAUAUUGUAAUGACAGUAAUGUCUUACCCUUAGACAAAAUAAGAUAAUAUCAAUUAUUAUUAAUUACUACGUACCCACCUGAUCACCUUUGUUAACUACAGAAGUCCAAUACUUAAACUUACUUUAUUUAAGCAGGCAUGGCAUAGCUAGUGAGCUACUACUACUACUCUUUUUUUACUUUCUUUUACUGUUUUUGAGUACUUUGUCUCAAUUCAAAUGUCACAAUUUCUAAUUAGACUGCAGACAAUCCACAAGGCAGAGCAGGCAACACAUUAGGAUUGUUUCUAAAAAAACUAUUAUAUUAAUCUUUUGUUUCCCUGAAAAUAAGACUAUUUCUAAUACGUGAACCAAUUAUCGGUUGAUUUUCACAAACUGGUUUUCAAAUUAUUUUUAUCGUGAUAUAAAAACAAAGAGAGGAAAAAAUUUAGAGUGUUAAAAAUGUAUAAUACAAUAGUAAAAGUAUUUUUGUUAUUAUAUUUAUAUAAUAAAUUACAUUGCUUUAUAAUGCAUAACAUUACAUUGGCGAUCUGUAUCGGUAUCAGUUAAAAACCGGAUGUGACUGGAGUUUUUUAUUGGGGAAAAAUAGUUGUCAUUGUUUUUGUUAGCAUCUAUUGUGCAAAGAGACAGCAUAAAGAAAAAUUUGCUAUUUAGCUAAGUCACUUUGACACAAAAUUUAAAUAUUGUCAGAUUAUCAAGAAUGAUACAUCAUUUUAAAGGACUAGCUAUAAGCUUUACAACAACACCAAUUUCAUCUUUCUAUCUUUUAUAGAAGUGGAGUUAUGAUUUUUUUGGCGAUUUUUUAAACCCCCUUCUUUAUCUUAGUAUUUAACUAAAAAAACGUGUGACCCACUUUCCAAAUUUCUGCCUUAUUUUGCCCAAAACUUUUGGAUUUUGAAAGAUAAUGCUACCAAAUUUUCAGGAGACAUUCUCAAUGCAAUAUACAACCCAAUAAGCAACAAAACUUUUACAUAACAUCAAGACUUUUAUUUUUUUAAAUAAUUAUUUGUGGGUAUGUUCAGAAAAAAGUGAACAGAAAAAUUGGGAAAAUCAUCAUUUAUACAGGAAAAAACGAAAAAAUAACAUGUUUAUUGAAUUUUAACUAAUUUUAUUAUGCUUGUUUUACAUUUUAAAUCAAUUAUUAUAUUUAUAAAAAGGUAAGUAGUCUUUUUUUAUAUAUAUAAAUUGGAACGCAUGUAAUUAUAAAUAAAAAUUACUCAAAAUCAUCUAUGAUGAUGAGACUAAUUUAUUAAAAAAUGUUAUUUGAUAUAUUAAAUAAUUGUCUAUGUACUGCUUUUCUAUGUUCUAAUAAAAAUAUAAUUACAACGAUGAUGUUGUUUGAUUCUUGUUUAUUAAUUUGAUGUAUUUUAAUAAAACUGUUAUAUAUAGGCUUAACUAAAAAAUAUAUUAUUAGUAAGUGUGGUUGUUGAUUGUCGUAGUACUAGUAAUAGAAUUAUGAUUAUGAAAAAUUAAGCUUAGGCAGGAUUAUAAUAACAGUUGUUUAUAAUUAUAACUGAUAUAUCGGCCUAAUUUUAGUAAUAUUCUCUGAAAUAAUUAUUAAGAGAAAAACGAUUAUUAUUAUUGACAUUACUAUUAUAACACUAUUAAAUUUAAAUAUUGAUUCAAUAAUUAUGAAGAACGAUAAACUGUCUACCGGUACCGUACACAAUUUUUAACGUAAUAAAUAAAACUUAAAACCAACCCUUGGUUACUACAUAAUUAAACUUUGGUUAUAAUCUUUUCUUAAAAUUAUUCAUUUUAAACGUCUUAUCAUUAUUUAGCUGUUUAAGGAUUUAACAUUAACGAAUCACAGUGAUAGCAGCCAUUUCCGGCUUCUUGAUCAAAAUAAAAAAAUGACAAUUUUGUACCCCCACUCCUUCGUGGGAUGCAUAACUUUUUAUAGACAAAGUCAAGAUAAUAACUCAAAUAAUGAAAAAACUCUUAAAAUGAAUGUAGAUUGGGUAUCACUAAACCUUAUUUUGGUUGCUUAACUAGUAAAAAAGUAUAUUAUACGAUUUAUAUACUAACCGAGUCAUUAUAAUAAUACUGUCCGGGAUACACAAAAAAUCUAGUGGCAUGAAUCAAUAUAUCACCGGAACACAAAAACUGAUACGUCACUGAUGAGGAAAGCAUUAUUUAAUAAACAAAGGCUACGUAGUAUGCAAUUUUCCAAAGAUACCGUGUAGCCGUACGCCAUAUUGUAGAACACAUUUUAUCGACAUUUUAGGACAUGCGCAGAACGGUGCGUGAACAAGUAUUGUUAUCCCUAGCUAAGUACAUGAAGUGAACAGUAAACCCCCCCCCCUCCUCCCCCCCUCCAAAAAAACUUCCUGAGGUUCCAUACUCCCUUGGAUGCUGCUACCUUACAAAAUGUCUUGUCCAUCUUACAUGGCUAUGAGGAACACUUUGCAAAGCAUUUCAAAUAGGUGUCAAGUUCUGGGGGAAAAGUGUGGGGGAACAUAACCAAGACAUCCCCCCCCCCCCACUAAAAGCUGAUUAAUCAGCAAUUAACGAUAAUUUGCCAAUUAAUGGUGCAACCCUAGUUGUUAUUAUUUGACAACGCAUAGUAUAAGUUAUAUUAUUAAAAUCGAUGGUAUGUAUACAUAUCAUUUUUAUCAUUCUUUUUCAGUAUUAGGUUUAGAGAUUGACAUUGGAAAAGAUCCUCUAUAUACACACUGCAUUUCAAGUAAUGAACCUCUUCAACUAUUAAAUCCUUUUUUGGAAGAGCUUGGUUCUAAUUAUGAAGCUGCUUACAAUAAUCCGAACUUCAUCUCUAUGGAAUGGGCCAUUCGUAAACCAGGGCAAGGCGAUGUAGAUAUCUUACGUAUUACAAGAGAACCUGAAGUAUUGAAACCUGGAUAUACAGUAUAUAAAUUGUGGAGCUUGCAGGUGAGGCCCUGGUUCUUUAAUUCUUAGGGUUCUUAUGAUUAUGAGUUAAUAAAAAAAAUUAUUCUUAUAUAGCAGAAGAAAAUAGCAAUUAUUAUUAUUGUAUAAAACAUUUUGCUUAUUACAGAAAUAGAGGUUGAUAGGCUAUUUUUUUGUUUUUGAAAAUUCAUAAUAGCUGUGGUUUGACAUGCACAACUAUUGUCUGGUUGUUAUAUUUUUUUCCUGAACAAAUUGUCAAUAUGUUUCCAUUAUCCUCGAAGAAUAAUGCUAAUUUUUAGUCUUUCAUUCUAUAAUUUCUAUUACUUAGAUUAAUAAUGUUGAGGCUGAUGACACAGCAACGUACAUUGCAAGACUGACUGUGGUUGGUCCCAAAAAGAUUAUAAAUUUUAAUUUUACUGUUGCAAGUGAGUAGCACUACUUUCUCACAUAUUUCCUUUUACUAAUUAAAUUUACAAGAAAAGUGCUGGUAAUAAAAUUAAAUCUAAUUUGUUAUUGUAGCUAGUCUUAAAUUUGAGUUGGGAGGUGAGACUUCAUUUUUAAAUAAUUAAAUUGACUUGCUGUGUGUGUACCUUCAGUACUUUUUAAAAUCAGAAAAUAUGUACACGUUUCCAUACAGUUGUUUUUUUUUUAGGUUGCAAUUUAUCGAGUAUCCUGUCAUAAUAUUUUGAAGAAUUUUUAUCUGAAUUUCAUUUCUAAUUCCUCUUUGCUUAGAAACUCCUGCACUUAAAUCUGAUAAGAUAACAGUGACCAAGCAACAGAAUGAAGCAGCAGGAACAGUCACGUAUAAGUGUGGACAAAUUGCAGAUUUGGGGACACCACCAAUCAACUUUUAUUGGAAGGUACUGGCUCAACCUUUAUUUAUUUACAACAGCUGUAAAAGUGAACGAGUCCAUCAGCCAAACUUUAUGAUGGCUUGUUUUAUUCCAUGAGCCGAAGAAGAGAGUCCCGACAUCAGCGAUCAGAGCAAGGGAUUUUACUGGAGUAGAUAUCAAUUUUUUUGGGUGGGGCUGCUGCUCGGGGUCCAAGAAAUUUUUUUUAUUAAAAAGAAAAAAAUAAUAUUAAAAUAUAUUUAACGAAAAGUGCCCAGUUUUUAUUUAUAAACAGAAAUAAUUUGGAUUAGGUAAAAAUUUUCUGGUUUUCUUUGUUGCAAUUAAAAAAAAUAAAAAUAUUAGUAAAUCUGUUUUAUAAUUAUACUAUUGUACAUUAAACUUUUAAAAUAAAUUGGGCCAGUCUUAAUACAAUUUUUUUUAGUGAAAACAAAGAAUCGUUGAGCAAUAAAUUCACAAAUAGUCACCUAUAAAAGUUUCAUCUUUGUGAGAUGCUCAGAGUGGAGGACCAUUUUCUUGUUGUGUUGCAGACCUAAAGAUUGAGGAGCUAUUUUAAGUUUUCGGGGUAUAAAUAAAAGCUUGCCCAGCACCUACACCAAUAUAUAAAUAAUAAGAACAUUCGGCAUCACACCAGUCUUUUUUAAAACUGCCAUCAACAAAGGGAUGACUUCAUAGCAAAUACUGAGACAAAGACUUUCAAGACUAAAAACAAUAUUUGCAAUGUUGUCAAAACAAAUUUCCAUUUAUUUGGAUCAAUGAAAGCACCUUAUCCUAUCUUAUCUUAUCAUAUAUUAUCUUACAUAUAAGAGAAAGAAUUGUUUCUCAUUCCUACCUGCUUGAAAAGGGCAUGAAGUAUGAGAAUACAAGAUAUUUUUUGUAGCAAAGUAGCGCAUGUCCAAUUUCUGAGUGGGGAUCAUUGCGUCAUCAUUUCACUACAAUCAACAUGGUUACAUUUACAGGAAAUAUAAUUCAUCUCAAACCUUGUGACAUUACCAAGCUCAUUGUUUUUUGCUUUUUUUAAAAUCAUGGAAUGAAUAGGGAUGGCGGAGUUUAAUUAAAAUAUUAUGAAUAUUAUGUAUUAAAAAAAUGCUCUGUCUAAAUGUAAGCCUAGAACAAACUCUUCUUGUAUUCUUGUAUAAAAAAACAACAAAAACAAAAACACCAAACACUAUUUAGCCCCUUUUAGGCCACACUAUUCUUAGUUCCACACAAAGAGGAACAUGUAGUUUGAAAAUAUUAAAAGAUUCAAUGGCUGAAGCUUUACCAAAUCAUUAUAUCCACUUACUUCAAACCACUUAUCCAUUUGAUUGGUUAGAGCAGGUGUCCUCAAAACCACAGACAAGAGUCACAAGACCCACUUUCCAGAAUCCUUAACCCUGGCGGUGGUAAGGAUAAUUUGGUAGUGACAUAUAUGGAACACGAUUCAAAACUGCACUCAAAACGCAUCUCUUGAACUCUACUAUCCUGACUGAUUCCCCCCCUCUGACCGAUAAAUGAUGCAGCUGGGUGCCAUCCAUGGCGUGACAUGUAAAUAGUUAUGGAAUGGGUGGACUGAAUAUACAUUUUUUUGUUGUUUUAUUUAAUUAAUGUAUGUUAAUUUUCAAGUUCAUGAUUAUGCGUAUUCAAUUGUAUGUACAGUGUGGUGAGCCCACCCCUAGGCCGGGGUACUGCGCUAUAUAAAACUACUACUAAUAAUAAUAAUGUACUAACUUAAAAUUCUUAAAACUUCCUCAUGCAACAACAAGUGAACUAUCUGAUUGAAAUAGAAUCCUAGCAUGAUUGAUUGAACAGUCCUAUAUUUAACUUCCUGAUGGGGAGAUAGAUUAGUACACCACACUUUACUGCAUACAUAUAUCUAUAAUAUGUAUAAUUUUGCGGUUAGGUUCUGUUUUCACACCGUCAUGCUCUUGAGCUUGGCUUUAAGAAAAUUAAGCUCGUCAUCAAGUGCUUAUUUGUAUGUGGAUGAUUGUCAAUGUGUUUAACUGAACAAACCAUUGAUGCAGCAGGCCCAGCACACACACAUUGUCUAUGGACUUUGAGCUGUCAAUUAUCAAAUUAACAGCAAAACGAUUAACAAUUUAAGGAAGAGGCCUGCAACAAUGAAAUUUGGGAUUGGCCAGGGGGGGGGGGGGGGGGGUAGUUUUGGGCUAGUUUUGGGCAUGUGAGUAAUCAUGUAAUAUAUAGGCUUGGUUUGGCUUCCUUCCUUUCCGUUUGUUCACUGGUGAGUCAGGAAAUAAAAGUCUAGACGACUGAUGUAUAGAGAUUCAUGUUGUACAUUAAGCACCAACUCCGUACUUCAAUACACCAUCUACCUCCACUGCCUUGAAACACCAGCCCCCCAACCCCCACCCAUGGUACACCAACUCCCCAUCUUCAUCCACAGUAUCCUCCCCGACCUUGAGCCCCCUCGUCUUUCCACCUUGAUCCUUCAUUUCCCUGCCCCUUCUUGAUCCCCCAUCUCCUCCCCAUCUUGAUCCACUUUAUCCUCCCCAUCUUGAUCCACUUUAUCCUCCCCACCAUGAUCCACCAUCUCCGCCUCUAUCUUGAUCCACCAUCACCUCCUCCAUCUUGAUCCACCAUCUCCUCCCACAACCUUGAUCCCCCCUGUCUGUCCACCUUGAUCGGGAACACACCCCCCCACUUUUUUUUUCAAUGCUUAGAACCUGUUAAGUAUUUAAAAGGCCAUGAUUAAAAUAUUCGAUGCUCAUGACACCAUGACAUAGAAUCUGCACUUUACAUUUUAUUCUCAGCGGUUUAUGCAUUUAGAGUUCAACAUAAUUUAUCAGUAUGCAACUCAACAAAGUCAGAAGCAUUUAUUGGAAGAGAGGUUGCAGGGGUGGUGGUGGUUGGGAACUUUGUUCCCUACUUGAUUGUGGACAGCAGUUGCAAUAAAAUUGGUGCGUUUCUUCAAUGAUGAUUAUCAGAUAGAUUUAGCGAUCACCUUUGCAUAAACGAACAAAGCAAACAAUGUCCCGUUUCAUUUGAAUUCAAUAAAAACAACCUCAGAGGCCCCAUUGCUGUACACAUUAGGGCUAUUUUAUCAUACACAACAACUUUGGUUUUAAUAAACCGCUUUUGGACAAUUUUAUGACAUGUUACAAACAUAAAUUUAAAAAAAAAUAAUUUUUUUUUGUGUGGUAAAACACUCGCCUUCCACUUCUCAUGUUUACAUGCAGUCCGCUUGUACUUUUUUGUCUCCUUACCUGUAUUUCUUUGUUUCUGAGACUGAGAGAUGGAUGCUGGGUUUCUUGAAUGUUUCUUUUAUCAUGGCAUCAUAUCAUUAGUUCUGUUGCUGGAAGAGAAAGGCUUUGGUGGACACAUUCAUUUUGGGCUUUCGUUUCAGCAGGUUUUAACUUACCCAGUGUUUCAUGCUUCUUUAUAUUAACAGCUGGAUCCCCGUUUUUCCCCAAUAUCAUUCCUUUAAAAAUAAUAGCAUAAAGUGUAAUAUUGGGCUCACAAUGAUUUAUUUCAUUAGCCAUUAUUUUUUGCUUUAUGCAUUUAUUAUAAUGCCUAGAGCCAAAUGGAGAUGUUGAUUUCUUAAAUUGAAUUUAUAUCUUUCAGUCAGUCAAGAAUGGUUCCAUUUUACCUGCUGAGUACAAAGAUGGCUUCCUGACUAUCACCCUGCCAGAAAGUGAAGGUAUUCUAUUAGGUUACCAUGUUUUAUCAAUAUCCGUAGCCUGGUCUGGAAAAAAUGACUCUUAGGAGAUCUAUGCUUGUUAGCAGAUCCAUACUUGUUUGUUAAUAGAAAACCUCUACAGGCCAUAAUUUAAUGAUGUGUUAAGGUAUGUGCUCUUUGAGAAUUUAAAAAAACAAAACGAAUAAAGAUAACAUCAGUUUGAGUAACAACCUUUUAUCAUUUAUAACUAAAAAAAAGUUUAUAAAUUAUUGUUUGAAAAAUUUUUUUAUUUGUUAAGCAUUGGUUUUUCAACUGGUAUGUUCUAAUACUAAUAAUGUCCUGAUAUCACAGCCUCUGAUAUUACAUCCUAUUUGUAAUUAGUUACAGUGUGUUGUAAGAUUUGAAAAAAUUGAAAACUGUUUAGACAAAUCCAUAGUAAAGUCUUUGUUUUUUUUUGUUUUUUUAAUGUCCAUAGAAAUAACUUGUGAAAUAGACAAGAACUCACCAGCUGCAAAAUGUAUUCCUGAAGCAGAAAUGGGGAGAUGGGACGGAACCAGCGUAGGGCAAUCUAGUUCCAGCUCAGGUACAUAUUUUCUUAAUGGGGUUUUUAAAUGUCUUGGUGAAUGAAACUCGGAAACUGCGAGUAGCGUACAUGAGUUUAUGCAUGUUAUUUUAUGUGUUGACCACAAAACAUAUAUGCUUAUAAGAUAUGUUUUUGACAUCUUAGGAUUAUCUAGCAGUAUAACGGGCGCGUCAUAACAGGGCUCCGUUGUAUGUAAUUAGUAUGUUUGUACGACUCAUUGUCAUCUAGUUUCUAACUUCUUAACUUCUAUGUGUCAUUAACAGAUUUGUAUAGCGUAAUCAGUAUUUUUUUUAAUGCAGCCAGCGUCUCUCCUCUCAGUUAAAAAAUGUAUUUUAAACCGACUCCCCAGAAGUAGAGCUAUGCUUGUUAGUAGAUCUAUGCUUGUUAGUAGAUCUAUGCUUGUUAGCAGAUCUAUGGUUGUUAGGAGAUCUAUGCUUGUUAGCAGAUCUAUGCUUGAUAGCAGAUCUAUGCUUGUUAGGAGGUCUAUGGUUGUUAGCAGAUCUAUGCUUGUUAGGAGAUCUAUGCUUGAUAGGAGAUCUAUUCUUGAUAGGAGAUACAUGCUUGAUAGGAGAUCUAUGCUUGAUAGGAGAUAUAUGCUUGAUAGGAGAUCUAUGCUUUUUAGGAGAUCUACGCUUGUUAGCAGAUCUAUGCUUGUUAGGAGAUCUAUGCUUGAUAGGAGAUCUAUGCUUUUUAGGAGAUCUAUGCUUUUUAGGAGAUCUACGCUUGAUAGGAGAUCUAUGCUUGAUAGGAGAUCUAUGGUUGUUAGGAGAUCUAUGGUUGUUAGGAGAUCUAUGCUUGUUAGGAGAUCUAUGCUUGAUAGGAGAUCUAUGCUUGAUAGGAGAUCUAUGCUUUUUAGGAGAUCUUUGCUUGAUAGGAGAUUUAUGCUUGAUAGGAGAUCUAUGCUUGUUAGCAGAUCUAUGUUUGUUAGCAGAUCUAUGCUUGUUAGUAGAUCUAUGCUUGUUAGUAGAUCUAUGCUUGUUAGUAGAGCUAUGCUUGUUAGUAGAUCAAUACUUUCUCCCUAUUAAUUGGGAUCAAUAAAAGUAUCUUUUCUCAUCUCAUACGUGGAAUAUUAUGUUAAAAAAAAAAUCAAGAGGCUACGCGAAGAGAUCUAAUGAAUAUAUCUGAGAUUACUCUUUAAUAUGUUACCUAUGUUUAGGUCAAGAAAAUCAUUGGUGAGUCACAGGAAGUGGUAGUUUUAUCCGGAUCAAAAUGUUUGCAAAAAUGCUGUUAAUGCUUGUUAUUUUUUAAAAUCAGCCCAGGUAUGGGCAAAAAUUUGCAUUUGUCAUGUCACUUUUGAAAAAAAAAGUAGAAAUUGCAUGUAAUUUGUUUGAAAUGCCGGCUGAUGCCCGACAAACAAUGAUGGCAGGCACAAUGCAUGAAAUUAUCAUCUGCUAAUGUUACCUGACAAAACAUGGAUUCCAGUACCGCACUUUAUACGAUUCCUAAUUAGUGCCCCCUGAACUAUAUUAACAUUCUAAUGUCCCACCUCCUUUUACAUGGCAGAUUUAGUACACCAAUUUCUGUAAAACAAAAGAAAAUAUUACCCAUCAAACACACUUGCUGUAUUUUUGAGAAUCCCAUUUGGCAUUUCGUACUGUUAUCAGGAAUUUUAGUUUGUGAACUCGGCACCAUCUGGUGGCCUAACAUAGAGAAUUAUGUUUUUUGUGAAACAGAUUUUCAUGCUUUUUAUUUAUUUAUUUUUUAAUUACAAAAUUUGAAACCACUUGACUGCACUCAGUUCAACAGCUUAACUUUGAAUCCUAUCUUUUUACAGCUGAUACAAAGUAUAUCAUCAUUGGAAGUGUUGCUGCAGGCAUUGUGGUUGGUGUUAUAAUAAUCAUCAUCCUCGUCGUACUGAUUAUAAAGAGAAAAAAGGGAGAGAACUACAAUGCGUAAGUUUAUACAAGUAUAUGUAGUAAUUUUUAAAAAAAAAGAAAGAUGUGGGGGUGAUAUUGAGCAUCAUACACACCACAGUGACACAUCAAUCAGCUUAACACACACCGAUAGGAUUUUUUUGACUCGGGUGAACAAAAAAAUGUCUUUUUAAAAAACCAACAUGCCGUAAAUGAAAGGUACCAGUAAACAUGUUUUCAUUUCCUGGAUCAAAGUUUAAAGAACUUCUGUCUGACCUAAACAGGGGCAGUGACAAUUUGUUUCCGUCAUUUCAUCUUAUACUUUUGAAAUAUUUGAACUGCAUAAAAUGUUCAGGCGGUGUCAAAUUGCUUUUGCUUUUUUUUUGUGUUAAAUUAAAAGUUCCAUCGCAAUAAAGCUAUAAAGUUUUUCAUAGAUCUCACAAUGCCGGUACUCUUGUAUUCAUGAGGAUUCUUGUGCAGGUGCAAACGGGUUGCAGUGGUGCCAUAGCACACACAAUGUUUAGAUUCAGCAAAGCUGCAAACAGUUACAAUAAGGGCUUUGGAGAAAUUUCUCAUGAUAAUAAAAAGGGGGUUCUCAAAUGAAACACAGACACUGCCGCUACCGGUGUUACCUACUGUUGUUGUUAUCUGCAGGAAAAAAGAAGAAGCCAAAGUUGAGGCACGAAGUGAGACGAACAUUCCCCUGGUGGACAGAUCUUUUGAUGAGAAUGAUUCGGCCAGGCAGCCCAAAGGUGGAUCAAGGACUCCUAUAUACAGAGGACCCUCAGAGUCACCAAGCCCAAGGACAGUCUCCAGAUCUAAAGGUGAGCGAGUGCUAAAGCUUUCUUUACAGAAUGAUAAAUUAUUAUUUAAAAAAAAUAUUUUUAUUAAAUUAGCUUUUAACAAUAUAUCCACAUGUAGCACAGAGUGCACCAAAAAAAAAAAGUACUUUUCAUUCACAUGACUUCUCACUAUGGUACAGUAAAGAGAAAAAAAUGGUUUAUAAGACGUAAACUCAAUAAAUUUGUGAAGUCAUAUCAAAGUGAUACAACUUUAUUAAUUUAAAUACAGGAAUCUGUAUUACUAUAGCUUGUUUAAUUAACUGCUGAUUUGUCUAUAAUUACAUGUAAAUUGCUAUCAAAUUUAUCACCUGAGUCCAUCUUUUCAAAAUUACUAUUGAUAAGUUUUAAAAAAUCUCAAAAUUUGAUGAAAAUCAGACUAAAAAGAAGCUAUUUUCAGCAAAAAGUUGUAAUUCUUCCAUUGGGGAAGGAUGUAAACAUGUUCGCGCGCAACUAUAUGGAGAUUAUUAAUUUUUCUUGUUUGCCAUGUUAAAAACAACAUGCAAGUUGGUGUCAUGUAGAUAAAAAGGUUAAAAUCGGUGGACGCCAAUAGUCGUUGUGUGGAUAUAAAUUUUAAGACUUAGUGUCAAAUUUUUUUAUGUUCUGCUGUAGAUGUACACUCCAGAUGCAGCCAAAAAAUGCACCUUUAAAUUUCAUGUUUGGAUUUUUGUCUUCACCGUGUGCCUUAGCUGUUUACAAUUGUUGCAGAAAUGGCAUGUCAUAAUUGGAUCCAUCUGUCAAGCUUAUCUCAGCUAUGGUUUUUACAUUUUGUAACUUUGGUUUUUACAUUUUGUAACUUCCGUUUUUACAUUUUGUAACUUUGGUUUUUACAUUUUGUAACUUCCGUUUUUACAUUUUGUAACUUUGGUUUUUACAUUUUGUAACUUCUGUUUUUACAUUUUGUAACUUUGGUUUUUACAUUUUGUAACUUUGUUUUGAGACUUCUUAAGGUUUAUUGUUUGUUUCAUAUUCCUGAAGCCAACAACAAUUCGAGGAUACAGCAAGCUUCAGAUGAUGACUAUGAGGAAUACAAUGCAAACGGCAAGCCUCCACCAGUGGCUCCCAAGUACAGGAAGAAAAAUGAAGUUAGAGAUGACGGGGAUGGAGAGGAGAUCCGGCCGCCGAAGGUCAAACCCAGGAGUAUAUUCCUCACCCCAAGCAUGGAAGAGUUGGACAAGAUCAAUACGGCCGUGCAGGGAGGCAAGGGCAGCGAGCCUAGGGAUGCCGCACGAAGGGGCAGUGAACCAAGGGAAACUGCACGAAGGGGCAGUGAACCAAGGGAGACUGCACGAAGGGGCGCUGAACCAUGGGGAAGUGAACCAAGGGAUACAGCACGGCGGGGCACAGAACCAAGGGGUAUGGAACCUAAGGGCCCUGCACCGAGGGGCACAUUAGUUUAAUUUUGUUUUUAUUGAUAAUGAAAUCUACUGUGUAAGUAAGGUGUGUAAACUUUGCCAUAAACGUAUAAAGUGUUGUGCUCAGCUUUGCAGCUACAUCUCCUAUCUGGCUUUAUCUGUGUUAGCUGUUCUUAUCUGUUCAAUAAGAGAUUUUUCUAUUGCCUUUUUUGGUGUAAUCUAAAUGUAAAACGUGAGGAGUGAUUCAAAAACUCAAGUUAGGAAACAUUAAAAUAAUUUGCCACGAUCAGAUUAAAUGACAAGCCCAGCCGGGUGAACAAAAUUUGCGAUUCUCAAUGCAGACAAACCAACAUCAUUUGGACUGAUGUUGAAACGACUUAUCUUUAACUCUCUUUAACGAGCAGUUUUCUUGUUUAUUUUUGUUUGUUUGUUAUUGUUUGUGUUUAAAGCUCUGGGUCAUUGACUUUUGUGAUGUCACUUCAGAUUAACUAACUGUGCCCGAUUGUGUUAAUGUUUUUGCUCAGUAGUUAUAGCAGAACUAUACAAGAACUGUUCAAUAUAUACACCUAGAUAUUAUGUUUUGUUAAAAGGUUGAUUUUUAUGAGGAGAUAAUUAUUUUAUUUUUUCAAUUUAACAAAGGUACUUGAAGAUGCUGUGUCUGACCAUUUGCAAUGGAUUGAAGCUAAUUUUGAUGAACAUACAUUGUUAACAGAUCGCAUUGUUGUUUUUGUUUUGGACAUUUUUAGCCUAAGCAUGAUUUUUUUUCCCUCCUCAACAUUCCACACCUGCUCACUAGUCUCUUUAUAGUUUAUGUACACAUCCAACUUAUUAUCUCUUUUUACAUCUGCCUUGAAUCAUAUCCAAUUAUAUGCCUUAUAUCCCGUCUGUAAUAGCCCAUUUUAUUUUUUCGUCAAAAUCAUUGUAAAUAUUUUCAUCACAACUUUUUUUUUUUCUAUUAAUUCAGUCAACAUGAAAGUUUCUUAUAUAAUGUAAUUGCAUUAGUUGAAAUUUUCUGAUGAUAUAUGUACAACCUAUUGCUUGAAAUACACCAGCAUGGACACAUUUUUUUUUUUAUUCAAGUCUUUUUACUUCUGAUGAAUAAAAUAUUAAAUGGUUUCUGAAUGUGGCCUCUUAUCAAUUAAUGGUAUUUUUCUUCUUGAGUAUCAGUCACUCAAAUGGAUAAAUAAAUCAUGUUCUGUAAAAAAAAAAUUGUAAAUUUUUAAAAAUUUUCUUGUACAUAUUUUGCCAAAAUAUAUUUUGCUUUUAUCUUGUUACAUGAGCAGUGAUUGUGUAAAUAUGUUAUUUAAUCAGUAAUAGAAUGCUCAGAAUAAUUAGUUAUCCACGUUGAUGUAAAUGUUCUUGUGUAAAUAUUAAAAUGAUUAUUUGAUCCGAAACUAACUCAAGGGAUCUCAAACUGUUCACACGAGAGGGAUUAACAAUUUAAAAAGAAAAAGAAACGAUUUUAAUUUAAGUACAUGAUCUUUAAGAUUUUUACAGUACUGGUAUAAAGUAAAUACUGUAAAAAAAGUGACUCUAUUUAAAUAAUAGUGCUAGAGGCAGUAUCCAGACUUUCAUACUGAUUGUACCACUGAGUAGGUCUCAAGAUUUUUUAUUUCAGUUCUGAUUAUAUUUCUGCCCCUCUGUAGUUUGUGUUCCUUAGUCUUUAAUUUUUAAUUGAAUAUUUCUUUCAGAGUUCUAGGUUACCAAUACUACAAUUUGGAUCAAAUAUUGUAUAAAUUGCAGCUGGUUCAACUUUUUUUUUGAAGAUUAAACAUUUUCGCCUGUCUGUACAAACAGUGAUGUCAACAUUUCAUAUUACUGGUGACGAAUGCUUUAAUCAUAUGAAUCUCUUGAGCUGUAAAACAAAGGGGGUUUCAAGUUUUAGUUUGGUCUUUGAGUCCGCUGUAACCACUUGACCAGUCUUUUGAGUCCGCUGUAACCAUUUGACCAGUCUUUUGCGUCCGCUGUAACCAUUUGACCAGUCUUCUGAGUCAGCUUUAACAAUUUGACCAGUCUUUGAGUUUGCUGUAACCACAUGACCAGUCUUUGAGUCCGCUGUAACCACUUGACCAGUCUGUUGAGUCUGCUAUAACCAUUUGACCAGUCUUCUGAGUCAGCUUUAACCACUUGACCAGUCUUUUGAGUCAUCUUUAACCAUUUGACCAGUCUUUGAGUCCGCUGUAACCAUCUGACCAGUCUUUGGAGUCCCUUGUAACUGUUUAAGUUUAACCUCCAAAUAUUAGAAUUAUUUUUAAAUCAAAGUCAAAGGAUUUUAUUAAAGUUUUAUAACUUGAUUAUUUGUUGGGCCACGUAAAUACACCGCUUAGCCACUUAUUCAAUUUACACUGAGUUUACUCAACUUUAAAAGGUGAACAGGAAGAAUAGUUUUUUCUUCUGAUAUGAUGUUUCUAAAGACAUAUUUUUUUAACUUCUGUUUUUUAUAAAAUAUUUUCUGUUGAGCCUGUAGCUCUGCUAAUUUCAGAAUUGACUUUUUCUAUCUUAAAAUCUGUCGGCUCCAACAUCAGACCAUAAAUUUGUGAUGAAGAUAACAAUUUCUGUAGAUGAAUAACAAGUGACACUAGGAAGACUGUUUAACACUAUACAUGAAUCAAUAAUUUUUUUUAGAUUCUCCAAGAGUAAUAACUAUCCUAUUUUUAAUCUUUACUUUUUAAACUCUCUUGUUUAUAUUAUAUCAAAAUACAUAACCUUUACAUCUUUUUAAAUCCUAUUGAUUUGCAUACUCUUCUCCCCCUCAUAUUGGGACUGCUGAGUAACACAGAAUGGUUGUCCAGAUUUAGUUUGGCGUCAUCUUGUGAUGCUAAGCACUUGAUGUUAGCAUGUUUAGUAGGAUAUUUUUUUUUGGCAGCCUCCCCCAUGAAAUGUGCGUGAGCCUCUGCUGUCUGAGGCUGGCCACCCCCUCCCCCCUCCCUCCCGCCCUCUUCUCUCUCUGCUGUCUUAGCUUCACACAAGCAAAUUGGCAUCUUUUGAAAGCAGCCUCAUUUGGGCUGAUCAACUUUAGUGUCCCUUAAAAUUAAAUUCCGUAUCUUUAAAUUCAAUUCAAAUUCAACCACGGCGUGGUGUAGUCAUUAUAUAAAAUAAAUAUUGUGGUCAGAAUUCUUAGUUUGUUAGUUUAAGAGUGUGGAUUUUUUCUCUGUAAUUAAGUGGUGUGUGUGUAAUUAUUUGUGAGUGUAAAAAGUGUGAAAUUAUUACCCUUCACUUUUAAUACUGGCGGUAACCAUAUGGUGUACAAGAGCUUAGAGUGUUUAAAGGUUUUCAAAUUCUAUCCAAUUUUUCUGGAUUAAAUUAUUAGAAAUGAUUGAGGAGAAUAAUAAAAUGAUCUAUUUUUUGCAUUUAUACAGACUUUGACAUCUGUGGAGAUAUAAUUAUGAAACUAUGUGAAUUUCUCUUGUUGUGAAGUUGUGCUGCUUAAAAAAGUCGUUGAGAUUUUUUUUUUCUAUGCCGAACAUUUAAAAUUUUUAUUUUGAGGGUAUAUGCAACCCUGUCAUUAUCGUGGCUGUUCACAGUAGAGAUUAUGUCCCCAGGCCAACAGUGAUAUAUCACCUGAUGUAUUAUAGGACAUGUUGAUACCCGCACCUUGUUGAGCAGGGGCAGUGAGGCAGACUGGCUCUGUGCUACAAUAUCCUGUCAAUGGGACAGAUCACCAACGCAUGCAAUGUGAAUAUAUUCUUGCUCUUUUUAGUAGCUUCUAUUUGGCUGUGUGUUAAAAAUGGUUCAGAGUAACACUGAACGAUGGAUCUACCCUGAAGGCAUUCUCAGGACUAUCGACACAUGCAAAUCCAUUUAUCCUGUUUAAAGAAUUUAACUUCUUGAGAAUGAACGAUUUAUUUUGUGUAAUAAUGUAGAACUGUCAAAGAUUUAUGAAAAGAAUAACCUUUGGGGAGAGGCUGGUAAAAUACUCAUUUAAAAAAAAAAAAAAAGGGGGGAAACAAUUCUGAAUUCUCUUAAAGGGUCCAACCCCUGAUUGCUACUUAUUUGUGAGAUAUGGAGAGGACUGGUUUACUUAUUUGUGAGACAUUUAAACUAGUAGCGGUACAUGAAAACAACUUUGUUUAAACUUUUAUAAUUAGGUCAUAACUUGAAAAAUUCAAAAAUGUCCUCCACUUUUUCCUUCUAUUUUGUCUAAUUAUUGACAUAUAUUGUGUGUGUUAAAAAUGCAUUUUCCCAACCUGUGUUGUCAAUUGUCACAGAUAAAUUUGACGACCUGUCAAAUUUUGAUGGAUCAAACAUCAAGCUUUAGUUAACAGCUGUGUAUCAAAUGUAAACACACCAAAACUUGGAAGUUGGAUUGAGAUAACGUGAAAGAAGUUGAAACAGUGAGAUUUGUACAUGACGAGCAUAAAUAAAUACAUUUUUUGUUACAGUCCCAAAAUUGAAAUUUCGAUAAGAUACCUUUGAAAAUAUGUCAAAUUGAACUAAGUUGACUUUGCUAGGUUGUGAGUGAUCUAAUGACCACUCACACAGAAAAAGAAAGUUGUGGUAACACUUUGAAAAAAAUAGGUCAAAGAGAGGCUCUCAAACUGAGUGGAUUGAGAUUAAAAAAUUGUUAAAAAACGUAACAGGGGAAAAAAACAAACUUUUCAGAAUUUUUUGUACUUAAAUUAAAUUUGUUAAAACUUUUGUUUUUAACUUUUGUUUAUUAAUUCAAUCUUGAUCAUUUCAAAGUAAAAUAAUAAUCCAUGGUAAGAAAAAAUUAUGUCAAAAGAACAUUUGUGAAAAACAUAGUUUUUUCUGAUCUGCAUAGGUUGCAUUUAGAUAAGAAAUCAAAACUUGUUUAUCAAUAUGUAAGUAAUUAUGAUGCUACAUUAACUAACUCUAAAUAAAACUAUAUGUGUCCAAUGUGCAAAAGUAAUUUUGUUUAAAAACUAAAUGUAUGAAAUUAUUUGAAAUAAAACUGUAAAUAGAUAUAUUUUAUAAAUGUUUUUUUUUUUUAAAAACUGUACUAAGAACCUUGUCAGUGCUUUUGUUCUAUUAAUACAAUGCUAUCCAAGAGAAAUUGUUGAAAUCAGGGAAUCCCACAGAGGCAUAUAACUGGUCUGUAGGUGGGCUUGAAAAGUUAUAUCUUACUAUUAUGUGACUAAAUUAUUCUGGUUAGCCUGAAAAGUUAAAAUUUAUGUGACUAAAUUAUUCUGGUUGGCCUGAAAAGUUAAAUCUAUGUGACUAAAUCAUUCUAGUUGGCCUGAAAAGUUAAAAUCUAUGUGACUAAAUUAUUCUGGUUGGCCUGAAAAGUUAAAUACAUGGGACUAAAUGUAUUGUAUUAAACAAGAAUUUAACUAAAAAAUGGUGUACUGUAACAAAUUCUGGGAGCCACUGGUUUAAAACAUUACACAGUUAAAAGCAGAAUGUUUUAAAAUUAUAUAAGAUUAACAUUUCUUUUGCUCACUGUUGAAUAUUUUUUCAGUACGGUAACAAGGUUUGACACGAAUGUCUCCAGGCGGGAUUGAUAAUUCUUAAUUAUGUUAAAAGUUUUUCUUUUUUUGCCUCCUAUGUAUAACAUAACUAAGAUUGUUAUCCAAUUUUUGUUUUUAUUGCCCUUAUCAAUGCUUGCAUGCAGUGAGGAUUAAAUUGAAUUUUUUGUUCUAUUAGAUAGAAGGCUUUAAAACUAAUGCCAUAAAAUGGUGAUGCUUUUGAUAUGUGUAUUUGUUGUGCCUGAAAUUUAAUUCCAGCCAUACAUUUUUACACGUGGAAAUUUUAAUGUAUCGAGU